GCUAUGCUCUCUUUCGCGUCUACUAGGGUUGCGAUGAAAUAGUAAGGGGUAACCAUAGAGGUCUUCUAUGUGGUAACGCUCUUUAUCAUAUUCAAAACAAACACUCGCGCUCCCUACCGUGGGAAAGCAACAAAACUGGCCUCGUCAUCCACAUACUAGCCUUGGAUCACGACCCAUUCUCGAUCGAUUCUUGUCCUCGGACCAUUGAAGUGACAAGACCGCCUCUGACAACCACUGACAUGACGGUGGAACCCAUUGCCACGGAUGAGAUCAAGAGCGUGUACACUUAUCUGGCUAGUUUGGAUUGGGAGGAGCCCUGGUUGUUUUACUUGAUCGGGUUCCAUUUGUUCGUGGGUCUAGUGGCCUUCUUCACACGGCGAAUAGCCAUUGUGCAAGCCACCAUUUUCUGCGCAUUAUUACUAACUGUUUAUCAAGCCGAAGAUAUUAACGCGUAUUGCGCUCAAAACCAUAAACUCUUCACGGCCCAUCAGUAUUUCGACAGCCAUGGUCUCUUCAUCUCGAUCGUGAUGUCCAUGCCAUUCUUGGGGAUCGCUGCCUCCAUCGUGGCCAAUUGGUUUUACGUGAGCACCCAGUUGAUGCGGGAUUUGAGGGUACAAAAGGACAGGGUCAGGGAGCGGCAAACGUCCAAAAAGGAUCAGUGAGGCGAUGUCCUUUUUUGAAUCUAGUCAUCAGCCUUGCAGCUUGAACUCCGAUGGCUCGUUGAUGAUGCUUAUUUUAUGGAAGACUUGACUCCAUGAUCUCGGUUCUUGUGUGAAUACAAGGUGGACUUAUUUUUA